AUGAGUCGUGCGUCAAUCUCGUCGCGGAGAAGUUAUACCCAGUCGAGCCCCGAACGCACCGGAAGUUUCUUGUCCAGUAUCCUCUCCGAUGACCGAAAUACGGAACUCAGCCACCGCGAUGCACUCUUCGCAGCGCAGCUCGAGCACGAGCGCGUCCGCAUAGCAGCCCUACGUGUGCUGGAAAUUGACCAGCUGGAGGAGUCCAAGCAGAAGAUUCUGGCCGAGCAGGAGAAAGAGAAGGAGCGGUUAAAAGAGCACGAGCUCGUCGAGGAGGAGAAGCGAUUACGGGCUCUUCGAGCGCAGAAAGUCCCAAAACCUCCUCCGGAACCCGAGCCCGUUCCUGAACCCCCCAUCCUCCCCUACACUCCAAAGAACAGCCCCCACCGCGGCUCAACCGCAGACAACCGCUCAGCAACCCGCCGGUUCCUUAUUCUCACGACCCUCCGCCACCACAUCUCAGCAACCUCUUACAAAUGGGCAGCCAGCAGCCCAAGCGGCGCGCAGCCCUUUGGCCAACCGCCAGCUGCAGCACCAAUAAAGCCGGCGCCUCAACUCCAGCCCAACGGAACCGCGCCUACAGCGGCGUCCUCCGCGGCCCAGGCUCAACAGCCCGCACAAGCUACGUUAGCCCCACCUGAUAGACAUCUCCAGAUCCACCAGGGGCUCAAAACACUCAGACGGAAGCUAGAGGAGAUGGCCAAGCCUGCUGGCUCGCCUCUAAAGGGUAAGAUGGGUGAUUUGCGACGAGAGAUACGAAAGUCCAUGGGCCAGCUCACGGGAGGCAAAGGAGCCAACGCCACACCGCUGAAGAAGAUCAAAACCUGUCUUCAAAUGUCUUUGAGCGGCGAACUCCCCAGUCCGCUCAUCAACGUUGCUAGUUUCGUUACGGACCAGCGUGAACCACAGCAAGAUGCGGUCUACAACGGCGAGCAGAUGCCAUCUCUCUUCAUCUACCUCCUCAACAUCUUUUCCAAGGCAGUGAUUAACCAGUUUAUCAAUGAGUGCGGCGCGAACCCCAAGGCUGCCGAUCCCAUCGGUGUCAUGGCUGCCCACAUAUUCUCCGACAAAGACUUCCAGUGGCGAGGCAAGUCGCUCAUCGACAUCCUUAUCGCUAAAUUCAGGAAAUCCUGCCCAGUCCUCUUCGGCAUUCGAGGCAGUGACAAGACGGUACAAGGCAGAGCCUUGAUAGGAUGGCGGAAAGACGGCGGCGGCUGGAUGCCGGAACAGAUGCACUACGACAGGAUGUCAGGCCUCGGUGCCGGGUUCGCAGCCAUUUCUCUAAGAGACUUUAGCAAAGCCAACAAGGCCAACCCGUACCCUUCCUCCAACUACUGGCGGGCGAUCUCCGGAAUCGUCAACACGCAGCCUGCUGAAAUUUCCGAUACUCAAUACAUCGUUCUCAAGGCCAUGAUCGAUGGCCACGAGCAGCGAUUCAUCCAGUUUUUCGGCAAUGCGGCCAUUGCCGCCCUACAGGUCGCGCUUAUGGAGUUCCCCAAGAAGUCGCCCAAGAGCGUGGCAGCCGGGGCGCUCCAGGUCCAUGGCCAGGUCCUCCGCGACGAAAAGGGACUUUAUAUUGGAUGA